CCGAAGUAAGCGGCGAAAUUGCCAAAAAGUUUAAGUCGAUCUAUGACGACGACCGACGACCGACGACGACGACGACGAGGCAACGCAGGCGCAAACGUGCCGUUUCCAUGGCGUCCUCGCUAUACAUGGUUAGGUAAUGUUGGAUUAGACACACUCUACGCCGAGCCUCUCCGGGGGUAAACGUUCAGUACACCCUAAACCAUCGUCGCGGUUAGAGGAGCCUCUCGAACCUCUCGCGCACCCGCACGUGCAUAAACGCAUCAGCGGUGACCGAGGACCGCGAAGCGAAAAUACACGCGUGGUUGUUCCAUCCCUUCUGUUUACGGAUCGCCGGCGCGAUAUCCGCUCUCGUUUGUUUAUCCAAUUUUGCUCCUCUAUACACCGUCAAACAUCCCCGUUCAUUUGUACGAUCGUGUCCGACUUGUGCGACACGUCGAAUCGUCAUCGGGUCGCGAUCGCGUUUCGUCAUUUCAUCUUUUCGGGAUAUAUAUCCGCGUGAUGAUGAUUCCGCGUCGAUGAUUUGCGUGCCUCGGAGUCACGCUCGCAAAAUCCAGCCGGACUAAACUCAACUCUUGCCUUCCGCCAAGAGGGUGACCACCACCACCACCACCACCACCACCACCACUACUACUAUCAGCGUAGACCUUAAAAUCCAGGCUGCGUGAAGCGUAAUCGAACAUAGUGUCGUGGGAACGAAAGUGGCGGGUGGUGUGUUUACUGCGGUGGCGGCGAGGGUAUUAUCCUGACGGAACUAAAACUGGUCAGGUCAGUAACACGGGAUGCGACUAAAGUCCUGCCUCGCGACCUUCUAUCUCCUGUUGCUUUCAAUCAUCUCGACCUAUAUCGCCCCGGCACUCGGUUCCGAUAUACUUCGAUACAAACGUUCAAGAUAUCGAGAUUAUUUUACGGGGGACAACGAUGAUGAUGGCGUAUCGCCGAGCACAGGAGGAGUUCGAGCCACAACAUCGACCUCGAUAGAGGAUGCAUCCACCACAGAUUCGGAGGAGUACUGGCACGCCGGCAGGGACAGCAAUCCGUGCUUGGAGAAGUAUUGCAGCGCGGGAAGAGAGUGCCAAGUUUCCGCGAAGAAUUCCGGCGAGGAGAUCGUCGCCGCGUGCGUUUGCGUCCGGAGAUGCGCGCACAGGCAUCGACCGAUCUGCGCGAGCAACGGCAGGAUUUACGCGAAUCGCUGCGAGCUGCAUCGCGCUGCCUGCAACGCCGACGUGCAGCUAACCACGCGCCGGCUCUCCAGGUGUCUGAGCAAUGGUAAUUACAGCGCGCAAGCACGGAAGGAUUUCUUUGCGUAUCACGCCUCAUCCGAAGGCAAGAAUAUCCCGUAUAAGUCCAAGAAUAAGAUGAAGCAUCAUCCGGCGAGCAAGUCGAUCCCGCGAAAAAAAGAUCACACUAUUGAGAAAUGUUCGGCGCAGAAAUACGAAAUUAUGAAAGACAAUUUGCUCCUGUACAGCCACGCGAGAUUAAUGGCCGAAGAUAAUCACAGUAAGGAAUACUUGGUCAGCAUCAUGUUUUCUCACUACGACAGAAACAAUGACGGUAAUUUGGAGCGAGAGGAGCUGGAACAGAUCGCCGAGGAGGAGAACAUGGAGGAAUUAUGCGCGGGAUGCAAUCUGAGCCAUAUGAUCAGCUACGAUGACACCGACGGUGACAGCAGAUUGAACGUUAACGAGUUUUACAUGGCCUUCAGCAAGCUUUACAGUGUAUCAGUGGUGUCGUUGGACAAAUCCCUCGAGGUGAAUCACAUAUCCGCGCGAGUCGGAGACAACGUGGAGAUUAAGUGCGACGUCACCGGAACACCACCCCCGCCCCUCGUCUGGCGACGUUACGGAACGGAUGUGGAGACCCUUAGCGAGUCGGAGAUUCGCGUUUUCAACGACGGUAGUCUAUAUCUAACCAACGUGCAGUUGGAGCAUGCUGGUAAUUACACAUGUCACGCUCUCAGAAAUCAAGAUGUGGUGCAAACUCAUAUGCUCACUAUUUACACCGUACCCGAGGUCAAGGUGACACCGCAGUUCCAAUCCAAGAGACCGAAAGGAGCCGCGAAGAUGAAGUGUCACGUGGUAGGCGAGCCUCUCCCACGAGUACGAUGGCUGAAGAACGACAAACCCCUGAGCGAGGAUCGACCGGACAAGUACGAGGUGAUUGGAAACGGUACCAAGUUGCUGGUCAGGAAGGUCGAUUACGCGGACACCGGUGCGUACAUGUGCGAAGCAACCAGCGCCGGAGGACUUACGAGGGACAUCAGCAGCCUAGUGAUUCAGGAGCAACCUACACCAAUUGCAACGGAAGAGGAGCGCAGAUUCUUCUCCUUUCACGAAUGGGGUAUCUUGGUGUACGAACCAUCUACGUGUCACGCCUUGCACGAGAUUCGAUCCACGGACAUCAUACCUGGAACUCAGGAAUACGUCUGCGGGCCGAAACAUUUCGCCUGUUCCUGGGGACGUGCCAUAAACGUCGUAAAUAGAUACGUAUACGUUAGCCAACCGGAGAAGAAUCGCGUGCUUGUAAUUAGCGAGGCGCAGAUGAUGAUAAUUGAUGUUGUCACUACGGACAAAAAUCCCGUGGAUCUGCUGUACGUGCAGAAUCUCGAUUACGUCUGGGUAUUGAACUGGAGGAGCGAGGUAGAUGUUGGCGUCAAAACCGUACAAAUAAUCAAGGAAGCUGCUCAACGAAAGAAGCACCAUACAGUGCGACCGGAACCCAUCGACACGCAAUUCGACCUCGUGAAGGGCCUAUAUAUUCCACAGCAGCGAGAUACGAAACAUACAUUCAAGUACGGUUACGUGACCCACACGGGUCAACAUGGGAUGUACAAACUCGAUCUGGCCAACAUGAGAUAUACUCGUACCGUGAACUUAGCUAACUACAAUUGUGUGCCAAGAAACGUGGAAUUUUCGGAUCUCUAUGGUUUCGUCAUAUUAGGAUGCGAAGAACCGAUCACCAGUCGACCGACUGGUCAAAUAUUGUUGGACUACCUUACUGAUAGCGUUUUGGCCCAUAAACCGAACAUCCUGGGGAAACCAGCAAUCUCCCCCGAUUCCAGAUACCUGGUUACUCUCGAUAAACAGGACACCGGAGUCACUCUUGUAGUGCAAGAGAUAUUGCCAAACGGACUAAAAUUCGCAUUCGAUGUAAAAACGACUUUAAAUAUCAGCGAUAUCGCUUUUUAUCCAUCGCAGACGACGCAUAGUUACGAUAUAUACGCCUCGUCGAUAGACAAAGAAGACAUUCUCUUCCUAGAUUUGACUACUGGCAAAGUGGAAAUGAUAACAGGUGUGGGAAAGGCAACACCACCGCACCUCACGAAAUGGGGUAAUCCGAAUAGACCGAUAAUACAAAGCGGUAUAUUUGGUCGAUAUAUGGUAAGCCCGUCCAACCAGGCGCUCUUUGUUCUAAACGGAGAGACCCGCACGGUGAAUUGCGAGAUUGGUGGCCUUAUACAUCCCGGCGCGAUUGUUUGGUUUACUGUUUCGCUGCGUUAACGAACGUAGCUACGCGACGACGACAAUACGAGAACGUACGUAUAUAAAUUGAACAUAGGAAUCCGAGCGGGUACCAAAGCCAGUAUCGAGACACUUUAGAUGAAAUUUAAGAGAUAUAACGUUAGAGAUCAACGGUAUAGUGCCUUCAUCUUCCCUAAGUAAUGCUUUUCCUAAAUGGACAUAUAUAACGCGCAUAUUCAUUUCUGCAUUGCGAUUAUAUCGUACUUGAAAAAAAAUAGCAACACUAUUUCGAAACGUUGUGUGGAAAGAUAAUGUAGCGGAUUCAUUAAAAUAUUAUAUUGUAUUUAUAUAAUUAUAUUUUUUAAUUUAUAU